AUGGAUUUUACUAUAAUUGAGAAAGUUUUUGAUACAUGGUCCGAUUUUGAGGUAUGGAGAGAAGAAAAAGAGCUUGAAACAUCUUCAAAACUAGUGAAGAGGACAUUUCGAAAGAGCAAUACUUGGACUACUAUUAUGUACACUUGUCAACAUGCUCGUGGUACAGAUAGACAGCACUUAGUUCGUCUGAUUUUUGAGGUCAGACUGUAUCGUGACGGAUUGGUCGAAGUUGUUGCAUGUUUUGGACACUGUGGACACGUACAUCCCUUGCCAUUGUUCAAAACUGAAGUUGAUGACUAUGAGGACUCAGAAUCCGUAACUGAAGCUAAGAUUCAUAAAAUUCUCGAGGAUCAUGGAUUUGCUAGUACUAGUGCUAGUGGGGCGUAUACACUUGACUCGGGCACUAUUCGUCUGAUUUUUGAGGUCAGACUGUAUCGUGACGGAUUGGUCGAAGUUGUCGCAUGUUUUGGACACUGUGGGCACGUACAUCCUUUGCCAUUAUUCAAAACUGAAGUUGAUGACUACGAGGACUCAGAAUCUGUAACUGAAGCUAAGAUCCAUAAAAUUCUCGAGGAUCAUGGAUUUGCUAGUACUAGCGCUAGUGGGGCGUAUACACUUGACUCGGGCACUAGUUCGUCCGAAGGGAAUAGUCAGAGUCAAGCGUGUAGUAAUGGAAGAGGAGACGAUGUUGCAGAAGGAAGAAAUGGUGACAUUCAUGAUGAAGAAAUUGUUGUCGAUGAUUUUCCUCGACCUGUUCCCAGUGAAGACACUGUUGCAAAAGAGAAGACGUUAGAAGCAUAUAGAAGGUUUGAGAAGAAACUCGUGCAAAUGGGCGAAGUAAUGCAGAUGUUUGUGGAGGAACAGCGAUAUGAUUUGAUGAAUAAGUUCAGCGAAGUACUGGAUAUUCUGAUGCAGCAAGUGCCAUCUGAACUAGCCAGUCAGACAAGUCUUGGAAAAUUAUCAAAUGUCUAG